GAAGUUAUAUAAUAUAUCAAACAACAAAGAAAAAAAACCAAAAUUGAUGGAGGAAAGAAAGGAUGCCACAUAUCAUAUAUUCAAAUGCGGUGACACGUGUCAUCUAAUCAAAUAUGAUUCCGCUUUUUAAAUACUUCAUCCAUCUAUUUUUGUUCUUUACGUUUUUCAUUGUUGGAUGUUUCAAAAUGUUAUUUACAUUUCCUUUUAUAUUAUCACAUAAAUGCUUUAGUAUUCUAUCAAAAUCUGUGUCCAAUAAUUAUUUUAACCAAUUAAAUUCAUUGAGUCAUUUAAUCUCUCACACUUUUCCAUUGGACAUUAAACUUUCUCAUAUUUCCCAAUAUCAUAAUUUUGAUAAAAGUGAAAACAUUAUAAACAAACGUAAUUUGUCUUGUUUAAAUAAAAGAAUAGAGGAUUCUUAUUGCACAUUAAUUAAUCGUUAAAACGCGUGGAAAAAAAAACCAAAUAUAAAGAACAAAAAGAGAUAGAGAGAGUACUAGGUAUAAAUUUGUUCCAUUAAUUUAUUAUGUCUUUACAAAACAUAAAAUAUAUUUUAUGAGUACGGAUGACAAAUGGGUAUAAUUUUACGGGUUCCGAGUAUCAAUUGGGACGGGGAUAUAUAUGACUUUAACAGGCAGUAAGCGGGUUUGGGUGUGAAAAGUCAUACCCUCUUAAUCCUACGUAGCCCAAAUAUAAAACUGGCUAAUAAAAGUUGGAAGUCCAAAUAAAGGCCCCAACAUAUAUAAUACAAUCCUAAAAUUCAAAGCCCUGAUACUAUUCCAAUUAUCUCACAUUCUCACGCCUCAUUCUAUCUCAAUAAUCAAUAUAUCUUCUUCUACUCCGUAGUUUCUUUAUACUACCUCACUAGCCACGCAGUGCACUGCACCACAAUUCGUCAAUUACCGUCAUCGGCUACAAUGUCUCAUCUCUAAUCAAUCCCUUAUUCACGAAGAAUUAAAACAUGGCAAAUUGGAAUAGUAUACCAAAAGAGCUUGUGACCAAGAUUGCAGAACACGUUAAUCUGUAUGAAGACUUUGAAAAUAUACGCUUGAUUUGUUCUUGUUGGAGAUCAGCGGCGAAGGAGGCUCGGUUCAAAGGCGAACCAUCAAUAGCUACUGAUGAGCACACACUUCCAUGGCUAAUGUUACCGGAGAAAGACAACACCUCGAACCGUCGUCGUUUAUACAGCCUCUCUAACAGGAAGAUUCGGCAUAUGCAUAUCCCAAAUUCGUUGAUAAAAGGAGGAAACAUAAAUCAGAAAAGAGUAUUAUCAUCACAUGGUUGGCUGCUAGUGACCUUAGACAGCAAUAACUUCUCUCUUUAUAACCCUUACUCUGGUACCACAAUAAAACCCCCUAAAAUUGAGUUAUGGUAUAAUGGACACCGACAGUUUGGAUACUGUCACAAUAAAUUCAUAUUGUCAGCCAACCCUUCAACCACUUCCAAUUUCGUGGUAUUCCUUUCUUUAGAAGGUAAUGUUGGUUACCAGACUUCACCAAUUUUGGUUUUCUGGAGGAGUGGUGAUGAUAGAUGGGUUCCGGUAGUGGAUCCUGCACAUCCACACCCGGAGUUGCGGUUAUCAGUGACUUUCCGUGGGUUUUUUGAUAGUGUUUGUCACGACAUUACUUUCUAUCAAGGUGAGUUUUAUGGAGUAAGCUGUCGUGGAGUCAUCGUGGAAUUUCAGACAUUAUAUACAUAUCCUUAUUUUCGUCAAGUGACCAAGUUACCAGAGUUACCAGCUGGGAAGAGAAGAGAUAAUUGUAGGGAACAUUGGUUAUAUUAUUUGGUUGAAUCGGAUAAUCAAUUGUUGGUUGUUCGUCAUAUGUUAUGGGCAGAUGAAAAAACCCCCCACCGUAGGAACAUCAAGUUUGAGGUACUUGACCUAAAUGUUAGAGUUGGAUUCGUCAAGAAAGUGGAAAGCUUGGGAAAUAGAGCAAUUUUCAUUGGUUCAAACUCGUCUUUCUCUCUACAAGUAACUCCCAACCAGCAUGGCUUCAAACCCAACUGCAUAUAUUACGCUGAUGACCGUAUAACGGGCAGGUGGGUUAGACGUGGAGAUGAAUGUACGGAAUCCUGCUCUUACGACUUGACGGAUGGAAAGUGUUCCACAUUUUAUCAUGGUUCAUCCAAGCCUAGCAGUGUCUCACAAUUCACGUGGGUUGAAUCUCCUAGUUUAUCGUCUAAUUAGUCGAAAUUAUUAAAAAAACUUUAAAUUGUGUGUUGUUACAACUGAUGUAUCACAACGAAAAAAAAUCAAAAUUUCAUUACUGAAGUGGAAAAUGUUGGUAUUUGUUCCAACAAAUCGAAUUCAGAAAUGAAAAAUGUUCAACAGGGUUCGUCAAAUUAAUCCAUUUCCCU